GCGCGCCAUGGGGCCGGGUUUCUUGUGAGUCCAUAUCUGCCUGCAUAUGAAAAGAGCAUCUCUUUUGAGUGACUGUGGCAGAACUUGGAAUGUUGGUCUGUUUCUGUCUCUGAUGGAGGAAUAACCAGAUUUCUCAUUCCUGCACUGAAAGACUUCACAGGAGAUAAAAAUGUCAUCAAAUCGGAGUCAGAACCCACAUGGACUUAAACAAAUUGGUCUUGACCAGAUAUGGGAUGACCUUAGAGCUGGAAUUCAGCAAGUUUAUACAAGGCAAAGUAUGGCAAAGUCCAGAUAUAUGGAACUCUACACUCAUGUUUAUAACUACUGUACUAGUGUUCAUCAGUCUAAUCAAGCACGAGGGGCUGGUGUGCCGACUUCUAAGUCUAAAAAAGGCCAAACACCUGGAGGAGCUCAGUUUGUUGGCUUGGAACUGUACAAGAGGCUUAAAGAAUUUCUGAAGAAUUACUUGACAAAUCUUCUUAAGGAUGGUGAAGACUUGAUGGAUGAAAGUGUGUUGAAAUUCUACACUCAACAAUGGGAGGAUUAUAGGUUUUCAAGCAAAGUGCUGAAUGGGAUUUGUGCCUACCUCAAUCGACACUGGGUUCGUCGUGAGUGCGAUGAAGGCCGCAAGGGAAUAUAUGAAAUCUAUUCACUUGCCCUUGUCACCUGGAGGGACUGUUUGUUCAGGCCAUUAAAUAAGCAGGUAACAAAUGCUGUGCUGAAGCUGAUUGAAAAGGAAAGAAAUGGUGAAACAAUCAAUACAAGACUGAUCAGUGGAGUUGUGCAGUCUUAUGUGGAGCUAGGUCUGAAUGAAGAUGACACUUUUGCUAAGGGCCCUACACUGACAGUGUAUAAGGAGUCCUUUGAGUCUCAGUUUCUUGCUGACACAGAGAGGUUCUACACAAGAGAGAGCACUGAAUUUUUGCAACAGAAUCCAGUUACAGAAUACAUGAAAAAAGCCGAAGCCCGCCUCCUGGAGGAGCAGAGGAGGGUUCAGGUGUAUCUCCACGAGAGCACGCAAGAUGAGCUAGCUCGGAAAUGUGAACAAGUACUGAUUGAAAAACACUUGGAGAUAUUUCAUACAGAAUUUCAGAACCUGUUGGAUGCUGACAAAAAUGAAGACUUAGGGCGCAUGUACAGCCUUGUGUCUCGAAUCCAAGAUGGCCUUGGGGAGCUGAAGAGACUUUUAGAAACACACAUCCAUAGCCAGGGUCUCUCUGCCAUUGAAAAGUGUGGAGAAGCUGCUCUUAAUGAUCCCAAAAUGUAUGUACAGACCGUGUUGGAUGUCCAUAAGAAAUACAAUGCACUGGUCAUGUCUGCUUUCAACAAUGAUGCUGGCUUUGUGGCUGCUCUAGACAAGGCUUGUGGUCGAUUUAUAAAUAACAACGCAGUAACAAAAAUGGCCCAGUCAUCCAGUAAAUCCCCAGAGCUGUUGGCACGGUAUUGUGACUCUCUGCUAAAGAAAAGCUCAAAGAAUCCAGAGGAGGCCGAGCUUGAAGACACACUCAAUCAAGUGAUGGUUGUCUUUAAGUAUAUUGAAGACAAAGACGUAUUUCAAAAAUUCUAUGCCAAAAUGUUGGCAAAACGGCUUGUGCACCAGAACAGUGCUAGUGAUGAUGCUGAGGCAAGCAUGAUCUCCAAAUUGAAGCAAGCUUGUGGCUUUGAGUACACCUCAAAGCUUCAGAGGAUGUUCCAAGAUAUUGGUGUAAGCAAAGACUUGAAUGAGCAGUUUAAAAAGCACCUGUCCAAUUCGGAGCCAUUGGAUUUGGACUUUAGCAUACAGGUUCUCAGCUCCGGAUCUUGGCCCUUCCAAAUGUCUUGUGCAUUUGCUCUCCCCUCAGAGCUGGAGCGCAGUUACCAGAGAUUUACUGCUUUUUAUGCUAGUCGCCAUAGUGGAAGAAAACUGACCUGGUUGUAUCAGCUCUCCAAAGGGGAACUGGUUACCAAUUGCUUCAAAAACAGAUACACUUUACAGGCAUCUACAUUCCAAAUGGCAAUCUUGCUGCAAUAUAACACAGAAGAUGCCUACACUGUUCAACAACUGACAGACAGUACUCAGAUAAAAAUGGAUAUUUUGGGACAAGUUCUACAGAUUUUGCUAAAGUCAAAGUUACUGGUGUUGGAAGAUGAAAAUGCAAAUGUCGAUGAGGUGGAGUUGAAGCCAGAUACCUUAAUAAAACUUUAUCUUGGUUACAAAAACAAAAAAUUGCGAGUGAACAUAAAUGUGCCAAUGAAGACUGAGCAGAAACAAGAACAGGAAGCUACACAUAAGAAUAUAGAGGAAGACCGAAAACUACUAAUCCAGGCUGCCAUUGUAAGGAUUAUGAAGAUGAGAAAAGUCCUGAAACACCAGCAGUUGCUGGGAGAAGUUCUCACACAACUGUCAUCAAGGUUCAAGCCACGAGUUCCAGUAAUAAAGAAGUGCAUUGACAUUCUAAUAGAGAAGGAAUACUUGGAGCGAGUGGAUGGCGAGAAGGACACCUACAGUUACUUGGCUUAACGGUUCUCAGCAGCUGUCUGGGUGGCAAGUAGUUAAGUGAUUGAAAAAAUGAGAACAGAACUUGUUGGCCUGCUGCCGUCUGGACCUCCAUUUUUAUAACCAAGACUAGGACUUCCAUCUGCCAGUCUUGGAAUUACAUCAGACCUGCUCAGGAUUGAUACAUUUCAAGUAUGUAAAUAUGGACACCAAUGCCAUUUAACCUAAUUUAAGAACAGAAAGGAAUCCGAAACCUCCCUUGGAGGUUGCAUGCUACUUGCAUUUAAAUCAAUACAUUGGCUAUACAGCAAACAGUUGUUGCCAGGCAGCAUUUAUACAUACAUGUUGGCAGCAGUUUGAGAGAGUCUAAUUUGGCCCAUGUGUAAUCUGCUAUAAAAUCAUUUGUAUAGUGUGUUUCAUUUUUUAAUGUGUGAUAAAUAAAAACUUAAAACUUUCUGUACAAGUUGCAUUUGGUUUUAUUGUUAAGUUCCAUGAGUUCUUUCUUAAAUGUAAAUAAAAGGUAUAAUUAUGAAAGCCAG